UGUACCUUUUUCUUCUUUUCAUUUUCUUGGGCUUUGAUGAUUUGAUUCUCUAUUUCUUCCCCUUGUUACUGGGAGUUAUUAGUAGACCUUCUGGGGUUUCUCAAGCUCAGUUUUUUCAUCACUUCUCUUCUGCAGAAUCUGCAUGUGUAAUGUAGAAAAGGAAAAGUGAACAUGGCAUCGACUUCUUCUGGUGGAAAGACUCCAUUGUUAGUGAGAGAAGCUUCUUCCAACUUUCGUCCAUAUCCACAACUUGAUGGUAAAUAUGAGGAUGUUGCUGCUGAUCCUAAGCUCUUCAUGGAUAACUUGAAGAAGCUUCAUGCUUCAAUGGGAACCAAGUUCAUGAUCCCAAUCAUAGGGGGAAAAGAGCUCGACCUGCAUCGACUCUUUCGGGAGGUAACUUCACGUGGCGGUAUUGGGAAGAUUCUUAGGGAUAAAAAGUGGAAGGAAGUUACUUCCCUUUUCAACUUUCCCUCCACGGCUACGAACGCCUCUUUUGUGCUGCGAAAGUACUAUCAUUCAUUGCUUCGCCACUUUGAACAGAUUUAUUAUUUUAAAUCUCACGGAUAUUCCGUCUCUGGUGAUAACUUGCAUAGCCCAUCGAGGACAUCUGUUUCACCAAUGUCAUCACCGCCGGAAAAUCAAGCCGCUAAGUUUCAGCACAGUCAAAUAAGCGAUGCAGAAAUGUCUGGAGCAAAAACACCCCCAUCAUCAGCUGGAACUUCUGUCAUAGGGGUCAUUGAUGGAAAGUUUGAAAGCGGGUAUCUUGUGACUGUUACCAUUGGCUCAAAGAAGCUAAAAGGUGUACUUUAUCAGUGUACACAGGAUCCGUCAUGGCAAACGCCACGAGGUACAUAUCAACAAACACCAUCUUCUAACAGGAAUGACAAUGCCAAUGCCUCCUCUGCUGUGCCUGGUGUCCACCGCCGACGACGCAGGAAGAAAUCCGAGAUCAAGAGGAGGGACCCUGCUCAUCCAAAACCCAACAGAAGCGGGUACAAUUUCUUCUUCAAGGAGCAGCACGCAAGAUUGAAGCCACUUCACCCCGGGAAGGACAGAGAUAUAAGCAGAAUGAUUGGUGAACUAUGGAACAAGCUAAACGAAUCUGAAAGAGCUGUUUACCAGGAGAAAGCUGUAAAAGACAAGGAGAGAUACAGAAUAGAAAUGGAGGGCUAUAGGGAAAGGCUGAGGACAGGUCAUGAAGUGAUCAGCGAUGCAGUGCCCCUACAACAGCGGUUUCCUGAGCCAGACAUUAGCAUGGCAGAAUCCGAAGAUCGAAAAAUCGAAGAAACUGAGGGUGGAGACUCUCCUACAUUGGACAAUGAGAGUGAUUCGGGCAAAAGUGAUUCCGAUGAUGAUGGAAUCGCGGAGAAGGAUUCUGCCGACGAAGAGGAAUCUCAAGAAGCAGUGCUUGGUGCUCAUUCUGGUCUUGUUGGUAUGGAAACGGAGGAGGGCUUACAUGAAGAGAAAUUAGAGAAUGUUGGAGAUGAGGGGAUUGAGAGGACUGCUGAGGAAAGAGAAGUGAACCCUGAGAGUAAGGAGACCAAGGAAGAAGAAGAAGAAUUAAAGACUUAAAGAGUAAGUGCUAACAAACAAUAUGUUGUUGGAUUUUUAGUUAACUGUUAUAACUUAAGCAUAGUUUUAUAGAUGGCUCUCAAGGAAGUUACUUUUAAUCCUUUUUCUCAUCAAAUUAGCUUUCUCCAUAGUUGUAUAGUGGGUUUACUUUAUUAACAAGGUGGUAC